GGGCGUUCGCGCGGCGGCGCGGCGCGAGGAUGCUCCGCUCCACCAAAGGCGCCUCCAAGGCGCGGCGGGACCAGAUCAACGCCGAGAUCCGCGCCCUGCGGGACCUCCUGCCGCUGCCCGACGGCGACCGCCCGCGCCUCUCCUACCUGCACGUCAUGGCCCUCGCCUGCAUCUACACCCGCAAGGGAGCCUGCCUCCGGCCCCGGUGCGUGCGCGGGGAGAGCGGAGGGAGGGAGAGGCUGGGGGGGUUCAGCACCGCGGAUAGCGCCGGGUGCGUUCAGCACCGCGGACAGCGGCAGCGGGCGGGGGCUGCGUUCAGCACCGCGGACAGCGGCGGGGAACGGGGCGGCGGGAUCGAGAUCGAGAUCGGGGCUGGGACCGAGACCGGGAGCAGGGACGGGGACACCGGGACACGGAGAGAUACCGGAACCAGGGAUCGAGGAUCGGGACUGGGAUCGGGGCACCGGGAUAGGGACCGAGACUGGGAACUGGAACCUGGGAUCAGGGGAAUCCCAUGGCUCUACAUAGGCAAGGCUGUGGGUGCCACCGGUAACUCCAUGGGGGCCACAUGGGUGCAGUGGGACCGUGCGGGCAAGGCGCUGGGUGCUGGGUGGGUGCUGACGGGCAUCCCCUUUGCAGGACCGACACGGGGGGCACCCAUGGAGCUGCUGGGGGGGCCGGAGCUGGCUGACCUGGUGGCAUCACUGCCCGGGUUCCUGUUGGCUGUCACCCGCGAGGGGAAGCUGGUUGGUGUCACCGACAACGUCGCACAGCACCUGGGGCACUCAAUGGUGGACCUGGUGGCUCAGGGUGACAGCAUCUACGACCUGUUGGACCCGGCCGAUCACCCCCUGGUGCGACAUCAGCUCACCCAGGCUGGGCCCCCCCAGGCAGAGCGCCUCUUCCGCUGCCGCUUCACCACCUCGCGGGCCUCGCGCCGCCCCAGCGCCGGACGGAAGCUGGUGCUGCUGCGGGGCCGCUUCCAGGCCCCCCCCGGCCCCCCCGGCUCCUCCCCAGGGCUCUUUGUCGCCUUCUGCGCCCCCCUGGACCCCCCGCCCUGGCCCUGCCCCGACUGCCUCCUGCUGCCGGCGUUCCAGAGCCGCCACGCUCGCGACCUCGCGCUGCUCGAUGUCUCCGACAGUGUCCUGAUCCACCUGGGCUAUGGGCGUGGGGAGCUCCUGGGUCGCUCCUGGUACCGGCUCCUGCACCCCGAGGACCUCGGCCAUGUUGCGCGCCAGCACCUCCGCCUGGCAGGAGCAGGGCCAGAGGCACGGGGGGAGCUGGUGACACGGCUGCAGCGCAAGGAUGGCCUGGGCUGGACGUGGGUCUAUGUCCGGCUGCGUCCCGAGGGCCCGGCUCUGCUCGCCCACAACUUCAUCAUCAGUGAGGCUGAAGCCUGGUGCCUGCGGCAGCAGUUGGCAGCUGAGGCCCCCCGGACCCUCCUGAGCCCUUUGGCCCCAGCCUUGAGUUCCCUGGGGCCAGCAUUGGAGCUGGUGGGGACCUUGGUGUCGGCGCUGGCCCCGGUGUUGGCCUCGGUGUUGGUGCUGGUGUUGGAUCCGGUGUUGACCUCGGUGUUGGAGCUGGGCUUGGAGACGACGUUGGAGUUAACGUUGGCGUCAGCCUCGGCCUUGGCGUCAAUGUUGGAUGUGGCCUUGGAGCUGAUGUUGGACAUGGCCUUGGAGCUGGCUUGGGAGCCAACGUUGACCCUGGUCUUGGAGCUGGUGUUGGACCUGGUCUCGAUGCCAACAUGGGACCUGGUCUUGGAGCCGCCAUUGGACAUGGUCUUGGAGGCAAUGUUGGAGCCAACAUUGACCCCGGUCUUGGAGCUGGUGUCGGAGUGAAUGUUGGACACGGCCUCAGAGACAGCAUUGGACAAGCUCUUGGCUCUGAUGUCGGUGCUGGAGUUGGCAUCGGCGUCGGAGCCGGCAUCAGAGUCGACGUUGGCCUCGGCGUGGCAGCCGGCCCCAGCCCCGAUGUUGGCUCCACCUUGGGGCAGAUAUUGGAGCUGCUCUCGGAGCUGGAGCCGGAGAUGAUGUUGGAGCUGGUCUCCAAGCCAAUGGUGGAGCUGGCGUUGGCUCCAGUCUUGGAGCCGGUGUUGCGCUCAGUGUCGGGGCCAACAUCGGGCCUGGCCUUGGUGGUGGUGUCAGAGCCAGCGUUGGGCUUGGCAUUGGGGCUCUUGGCCCUGCUCUUCCAUCUGAUGUCGGUGCUGGUGUUGGACUCACCGUCGGAGCCAGCGUUGGAACCAAUGUAGGUGGUGGAGUCAGCGCUGGAGUUGGACUUGGUCUUGGAGCCAAUAUUGGAGCCAACGCUGGCUCCAGUCUUGGAUCCACUGUUGGACUUGGACUUGGAGCUGCUCUAGGAGCCAGUGUUGGCUCCACUCUUCCAUCUGGUGUGGGACC